AAAUUUACAACAUUAUGAUUCAAUUAGUUAAGUGUUUAACUAUUUUUAUGCUAUUUAGCUAUAAUAGCCAUGAAAUUUUUGCAGCAAAUACUAUACAAAUUGGUGCCUACAUUGAAUCCCUGUGCCCGGAUAGCCGUGAUUUUGUUAACCAACAACUAUGGCCAACCUAUGAGGCCCUGAAAGCGGAGUCACCACCGGUUAUAUCCGUUAAUUUGGUACCCUUUGGCAAUGCUGAUAUGACAUUUGUUAGCAACUCUACCACACAGCCAAUGUUGACCUACACGUGCCAGCACAAGGGUCAGGAAUGUCUCGGAAAUAUUAUUCAGUCAUGCGCAUUUAUCAAACUUGAUCUGGAUAAAAGUCUAGGACUGACAAACUGUAUGUUUAAAUCAACUAAUUGGCGGACACCCUAUCAAUCAAGUGCACAGUGUGCCAAAGAUCUAAACAUUGACUUUACGGUACUGUCCGACUGCGCCAACUCACUGGAAGGACUGGCCAUCGAGUACUUUAUGUCGGGUCAGACCCGUAGUCUGGAGCCGAAACACAAUUGGAUACCGUGGGUGACAUUGAACGGUGUCCACACCCAGCAGAUCCAGGACGAGGCUACCACUGAUCUAUUGGGAUUGAUUUGCAAAACUUAUCGGGGAUCGACUACACCUAAAGCGUGUCAAUCAAAAUUAUAGACAAUUUUUGUUUAAACAAAAAAUUAUAUA